AUGGCUAGCAAGCGAAAGCUACAGAGUGUAUCACUAGCACACUUUGGGUUCAUCACAUCUAAAAAGGUGGCACUGAGAGAUGAAGCUGCUGCUGCAGUGGGCACACUCCCUGGUAGAAGAGAAGAGCCAACAGAAGAGCCUAAUCUCCCUCCCUGUCAAGAACAAGAUGAGGCCGAGUCCGUGACCGUUUCUCUAGCCGAGUAUUCCGAAGAAGCAGCAGGUGCUGAGGUAAUGUCAGUCAGUGCUGCUAGCACAAGUGACCUGCCGACUGGUUGGACAAUGAAACAGGUGGAAGAGUGGAAAGACCGUAACUCUUGGCUUGACUUUAAGGCAGGGAAAUUGGGGUGUUUAGUGUGCAGAAAAGCAAAAACGUUACUAAUCUCAGACAAGGGACCGGGUUUACACCUAGCAGAAGAAUGGAUCAAUGGUGACGUUACUAGCUCUGACACAAAGAAGCUACAAAAGAAAAUCUACAAGCAUAGGGACAGCCAGGCCCAUCAAAGGUCAGUCGAAAUAGCCCAGUUGAAAGAGAAAGAAGCCCUCCCCAACACUUUCAUUGACAUACAGUCCGAGUUACUCAAUAAAACAGCAGUCUCGUUCCGAACAGCGUACAACGUGGCAAAGGAAAGGCUAUCUUUCAAAAAGCUCAAUCCCCUCAUGACAAUGCAGGAGCUUAAUGGAGCCGAAGUUGGUAAUAUCCACAGAUCUGACCAUGCAUGCGCAGACAUAAUCAGUCACAUUGCUAAAGAAAUGCGCCGCAAAUUCAUCUGCUAUGUGAAAGAAAUAAAGUCACGGAUGUCAAUCACAAUUGACGAAAGCACCAUUCAUGGCAUUCCCUAUCUAAUAAUCUACAUAAGAUGCGAUGUCAGUGGUAAAGGGGAUGUAGACAAUGUUUUCCUUGAUCUAGUAGAACUUGGAGAUGGGGUUGAUGCCGAAUCCAUUUUUAACUCGAUGAUGGAGAGUCUACACAAAGCUGAAAUGGAUGACGACUUUUUGAGAACGCACCUGAUAUGCAUAGCCACCGAUGGAGCUGCAGUGCUUACAGGAAAAAGCAGUGGGCUUGUUGUUAGACUCAAGGAAAAGUUUCCGAAAGUACAGUCCGUUCAUUGUCUGGCGCAUAGAUUGGAGCUGGCUGUCAAAGAUGCGCUUAAAGAAGUGGGUGGCACUAAUCAAUUUGAGAUUUUUAUUUCAAAGUUAGACUCGCUCUACAAUCAGUCAACCAGGAACGCCAAAUUGCUUAGAGAAGCAGCGGCCGAGCUCGACACAGAAAUUGUGAAAAUAGGUCAAAUUUUCACAAUCAGAUGGGUGGCUAGCAGUUUUAGAACUGUAAAAGCAGUAUGGAAAGAUUUCCCUGCGCUAGCACUCCAUUUCAAAACAAGCAGUGAGGACACAUCGCGCACUGAUGUUGAGAGGCAAAAAUACAAGGGACUUCUCAAGCACCUAAUUAAUUCCGGAUUUGUGGAAGAUUUAGCAGUCAUGAAAGAUAUCCUUCGUGAACUCCAGAGCCUGUCUCUCAAACUGCAGAAAAGAGAAAUAUCACUUGUGGAUUCAAGUCUGGCCAUCCAACAAACUAUCAAUGUUUUGACUGCCAUGAAUACGACUGGCGGUGGAAAAUCAACCAAGAAGGCUGAACUGUCCGUCUCAUCUGGCCUUUUUAAGGGCGUAGAGUUGAACGAAGGCAGGGCAAAAAUAAACAGGCCUUGUUUUUAUGAAUCAGUGAUUGCAUCUCUUGUCAAGCGAUUACCGGAGUCAAAUUUGGUCCUGACGCUCAAAGCUCUUGACAAGCGCUUUUGGCCAGGAGAGCAGGAGGACUUGAUUUUGCAUGGCGAACCAGAAGUACAGGGCCUUGCGAAAGCGCUUGGAGAACCAACCAGGGAUGCCGUGGAGCAGUUUCGUGACUGGAAACUACAUGGCAUUGCACCGGGGAAAACAUUGGAAAGACUAUUAAUAGCAAGUCGCACGUAUCUCCCCACAUCAGCCGAAUGCGAACGAGGUUUUUCUGCAGUAAAUAACAUCGACAACCAGAUGCGCAACAGGUUGCGCGAAGACAGCCUGUCUUCACUCCUGUUUGUGGACCUCAACGGACCUCCUCUGGUCAAAUUCGACCCAAUUCCAUUCGUCAGAAGCUGGAUUAAAGCAGGACAUCGCCUCUCUUCAUCCUGGAAACCAGGACGGCAACCACAAGAAGUUGAGCCAAGGCAUAUUUGGUCUAUUCUAACUUAA